UCCACUUUCUCUCUCUCUUUAAUCCCCCCCCAAUUCUCUUCUCUCACUCUCUGCUUUUCUCUCUUUCUCUCUCUAAUUCCAGUCCCCUCUCUCUCUCAUUAAGACCGGAAGGAUUUCUGAGACACCAAAUGCCGCCGGCGACCGAGGAACCUAACACGACGGCGUCCUCGACGACGAUGAUGAUCGACGAGAUUUAUGAGUUCUCGGCCCCGCGCUUCUUCGAUUUCAUCAAGGACGAGACCGACGAUGACAAGAUCAACGCCGAGCUCUGGUUCGACUCCGCCACAGCCUACGCCCCUUCCCCCUUCAUGCCUAGAAUCAAGACUGGUAGAUCCUUUACAGUAGAGAGCAUGUGCGACUUUACUGAAGCGGAAAAUAUGCAGAAGAACCUUGAAUCAUCCUCAGCUGAUGAUGAUUCUACGGAAACCAAGACUGAGUCGAAGAUCACUCCUGAAUUGAAGGAAGAAACAAUUCCCACGGAGGCUAAAGAAGAAAACAGUACAAGACAAGCCAAUAUGAUUUCUGCUGAUAAAGUCGAGGAAAAAUGUACUAUAGAUGAUGGAAGUGUUUUGGCCACUGCGGUAUCUUUGAAUAAGGGAACUGAUAUGACAAAUGAGAAGGAGAAUAGUAAUUCCGUAGCUUGUACUCCAAAACCACCCAUGAAUUAUUCCAAGAAGGGAGAUCUUCUGAGUGAUUCCAAAAAGCACCAGGGAGCUAAAAAGAUAUCAAGUAUGGUUAGAAACCCAUCAGGGCUAAGGGGAAAAAGUCACUUGCACUCUUCACAAACUAAGAAUGUCAAACCGUAUACUAUGAAAAGAGAAGAAAAUGUGAAAAAUACAACUGGCACACCCAUGUUAGCUCAGGAGAAUCAGGCAAUUAAGCGGCAGAAGUUGGAUGGUGGGAGAUCUAGACAGAUUCUUAAUCCCAAACCCCAAACAUUGCCCCACAAGUCAAAAUUGGGUUAUACCAGUGGCAUGCAUUCUUCAUCAACUGCUGUUAAAACUCAAAAAGAGGACAGAAAGAUGUAUGUUCGGGAACCAGCAGCACCCUUUGUUUCAAUGGCAGAAAUGAUGAACAGGUUCCAAUCAAGUACCAGAGACUUGUCACUGCCACACAGUUCUCUUUCUCAUAUGAAGCCCAAACUCACCUUAACAAGGCCAAAGGAGCCUGAAUUUGAAACAUCCCAGCGUGUCCGCUCAGUAAGAGUAAAGAGUACUGCCGAGCUUGAAGAAGAGAUGAUGGCCAAAAUUCCAAAGUUUAAGGCUCGACCUGUAAACAAAAAGAUUCUUGAAGCGCCAUCCUUACCUGCAAAGCCAAGAAGUACACCACAGCCACCUGAGUUUCAGGAAUUCCAUUUAGAGACUAUGGCAAGGGCCAAUCAAAACGCAGAAACAUCCUCAGUAGCUUCAACUGAUGUGCCACGACAGAACAAACAAUCGAAGCCCCAUCAUCUUACUGAACCGAAAACUCCAACGUUACAUACAUUAUUGAGGGCCCGUCCACCCAGGGUGAAAACUUCACUGGAAAUUGAGCAGGAAGAACUUGAAAAGAUCCCAAAAUUCAAAGCGAAGCCUCUUAAUAAGAAGAUAUUUGAAAGUAAAGGAGAUCUUGGGAUGUUCUGUAAUGCCAAGAAACAAGUGACUAAACCUCAGGAAUUUCACUUUGCAACAAAUGAAAGAAUACCACCACCACCACCACCAUCAGCCAUUCAUGAUCUAUUUGAUAAGUUGUCUUUGAACUCAGAGCCCCACCAGAAUCCAAUUCCAAGAAACACAAUGCCAAAUCCUUUCCAUCUCCAUACAGAGGAAAGAGGAGCUGAGAAAGAAAGGAAAUUUUUUACUGAAGUUAUGCAGAAGCAACUGGAAGAAGAAAGAGCUAGGGUUCCCAAAGCUAAUCCAUAUCCUUAUACCACUGAUUACCCUGUGAUCCCACCAAAGCCAGAGCCCAAGGAAUGCACAAAACCGGAACCUUUCCAACUAGAGAGCUUAGCGAGGCAUGAGGAGGAAAUGCAAAGGGAAAUGGAAGAAAGACGGAGGAUAGAGAUGGAAGAAGCUCAGAUGAGGGUUUUCAAGGCACAACCAAUCUUGAAAGAGGACCCAAUUCCAGUUCCCGAGAGAGUUCGCAAGCCUCUAACAGAAGUUCAAGAAUUCAAUCUGAAUGUUAAUAAUCGGGCAGUGCACAGAGCAGAAUUUGAUCACAAGGUUAAGGAGAAAGAGAUAAUAUAUAAGAGAUAUAGAGAAGAGAGUGAAGCAGCAAGGAUGUUAGAGGAAGAGAAAGCAUUGAAACAACUGAGAAGGACGCUGGUACCCCAUGCAAGGCCAGUGCCUAAUUUUGAGCAUCCAUUCUGCCCCCAGAAGUGUCCAAGGGAAACAACAAAAGCAAAGUCACCAAAUCUGCGAGUUCUACAGCGGCAAGAAAGGCGAAGGAUGAUGAUCAAAUCCGCCACUUCCAGCGCUGCUGCCCAGAUGAGGUGAGAUGAGAUGAUUGCUGGAGUUGACAAAUUCUUUCAAGGCAGUUUAGUUUGUUCAAGAACCUUUGAACCCUGUACAAGGGCAUACAAGUUCAUAGUUGUACCCGUCUUCAUCACUGCCAACUGAACAAAAUUACUGUAAAGUUUCAGUUGUAAUGAACCUGAAUGUAAUUCUUUGAACAGUUCUUUCACUUAGAAAUUAGAAUGGAAUAACAGUUGUUGUGUAUUGGAA